UCCCUCUCCUCCUCUCACCACCACCAGCCGCGGGUGUAGAGAGAGACAGAGAGAGGGAGGGAGAGAGACGAAGAGAGAGAGAGAGAGAGAGAGAGAGAGCGCCACAGCGACGUGCGACUGACGGUCGAGAGGACACACACACACACACACCGCUGUCGUGGGGUCGUGCUCACCGACUCACAGACUCACAACAUUAUCCAAGGAUCAUGGUGAUGAUGACACGACAGUUGCAACUCCUACAACUCUGCCUCCCCAUUGCUUUUCUCCAAUAACUACCGAAUACGAACAACCAACCUACCCACACUCUGAAGUGUAUUUAUCACGUUUGCUGCUCUAUUUGGAUCUAAGAUUGGCAUAAAAAACGGUGCUCUUCAUAAUUCCUUAGCUGGAUAAAAUAAAAAAAAGUGACAUGAAGAAGAUCGUGAUUGUUGCUGUGUCUUUUUCCUUCGCUGUGAUUUGAAGAUUUCCCCUCACUCAUCCCUCGCGCGCGUGUCUCGGACCAGUGAAUGUGCUCGUGACGACGAAGAAAAUUCUGGGAUUAUUUCCUCUGUGUGUGCGUGCUUUCUCGGAAUUGCUAGAUAACGUGUCACGGUCAGGGUGAUCCGAUCUCGGUUGUCUCUCUCGAUUUGUGAUUUCUGUAAAGGAUCUUUUCCCUGGUAUUUAUACCCCCACGUUCUUGUAAUCAAAACAAUGCGGUUUUGACAUGUUUUCUUGAAAUAUUUUUUUUUGCCGCGAAGAUGUGACCGAAAAUAUGCGGCCAAAACUGGUAUUUUCAUCUCAUUCAUCACUGUGUUAACGCCCUCUCAGAAUCGGAUUUUAAGUUAGUCGCAAGGAUAAAGAAUACGAACGGGUGCUGGUCGACUAUUUAAAUCCAGCCUGUGCCUGGAUCUAGAUCUAGAUUUAAUACUCAUCAUUCAUGCACUGUAAUUUCUACAAAAUAUAAAGAAUUGAAUCUCCCUCACAAAGACAUGCCGUGUACGGUUAGUGUGAUUCGUGGAUGUAGACAAUAAAUGUUAGAUAUAUAGCUUUUGUGUUGUUGUAUGUUUACCUUAAGUAAAUAACAAAUUCGAGGGAAAGUUCAAUUGUCUACACACGAGUGCUCUUUUACCGAAGAAUCGUUUGUUUUUAACCUCACCUCAACCGUGUGGAUGAUUUCUCAGCACAGAAACCACCCGGCUUUGUUUCUGGGUGGCUAGCCGUUAAAUCUAUCUCUUCCCUCCUCCACCCCACUCCUCUUGUGGUGCAGAUCUACGUCAGUGGAUUAAAGUGUACGUGAGUGCAGAAGCGGCUACAGUACGUCAGUCACCAUGGUGUACCCACAUGAGUGGCUGCUCCAGUCGGCCAGUGUCUUUUGGAUAUUUACUUUGCUGCUCAGCGAGUCACACAGCAAGCAGUCGCAAAUAUUUUACAUGGAAGCCAAAGAUUGCGGAAACAAGAAGCCGUUGGGUGGAGCUGUAGUCUACUCUCACUCCCAGGAGUCUGGAGAUAAUUACCUUCAUGACAUCUCCUGCCAGAUCACGUUCCAG